GUAGGCUUCGGAGGCUGGGGACGUUUUCAUUCAACUGUGUUGUUCAUUCACGGCCUUUCUUGCUGAAAGGCAGCUGGCAAGGCCUCCUCUCGACUGUAACGUCAACAGUCAAACGAUAGAUUUUAAUGUAUUUUGUUUAGUACGUAUUGAAGUUUUUUUUGUGUGGCACGAGAUUUGAUUUUCUUUUAUUUUACAAAUUCAUUGUUCUAAGAAAACCUUUUGAAAUGGCGUCGCCGCGUACACGUCGUAAAUUGAACUCCAUACGCACGCAAGAUGAGAACCACAGAUGCUUCGAGUGUGGCACUCUGAACCCUCAAUGGGUGUCUGUGACCUAUGGUAUCUGGAUCUGCCUGGAGUGCUCGGGUGUUCAUCGCAGCCUUGGAGUUCACUUGUCGUUCGUUCGGUCGGUUACAAUGGACAAAUGGAAAGAUAUUGAAUUAGAGAAAAUGAUGGUGGGAGGCAACUUAAAAGCUCGUACUUUUUUUGAGAGUCAACCUGAUUAUAAAGCUGAAAUGAAAAUCGUGCAAAAAUAUAAUACCAAAGCUGCUGCUAUGUACCGGCAACAGAUAACAGCACUUGCUGAAGGUCGUGAAUGGAGUCCCUCAGACUACAAACCAGAGGUUGCAGAAAAACCUUCUGACUGGAGUCAGUCACAAUCCUUCUACUCUUCUGGUGACAACACAUUCCAUACCAGUGGCUCUGACAAUAAUAUAAGCUACCACAGUGAAUAUGGCAGUGGUCGUUACACUGGAUUUGGAAAUACACCGAAACAAUCUCAUUCAACCCCUAUGUCCCCAAUCCACAGCGGCAAUGAGAUGGUUGACAAUACUCUGGCAUCUCUUGCUUCGGGCUGGUCGAUGUUGACUUCAUCAGUGACAAAAGUGGCCCGCAGUGCAACUGAAAACGCGGUGCGCUACGGGGGAAUUGCUACGCAGAAAGUGUCAGAAAUGGCUUCUACUGUUACAGAGAAAGUGAAUAAUCGUGGUGGUUGGAGCUCACUGGGAGGCAGUGAAUUACGUCGGGCUAGCAACUCAAGCAGUCAAUUUCAGUCUGCCGGUUACGGCGCCAUGAAAAACUCUACUUCCGAACCAUAUUCCAAGUGGAAUGAGCAAACUCGGCCUGGUGUAGUGCAAUCUGUAGCCGCGCGAAACAACUUAGAUUCACGUGACCUGUCUCAGGUGGGCGUCUCAAGCCCCCCGCCCGACAUCAAGAAUAUCAUUAUCAAGAAGAAAAAACAAGACGACGAAUCAUGGGAUUGGCUCAACAACUAGGAUCUGAUGUAUGAAGUAGUGAAAAAUCUAUGUCAACAUGCUACCGUGCAAUUAUUAUUCGACGGUGACAGCUAUAACACUGUAUUUUAUAUUAUUUUGUCUACUAUUAUUUUAGUACAAAAACUUGGAUGUAAAUCAAAAUAAAUGUAAUUUUUUCAAUGAUAAUAUUUUCAUGUUUACUGUUAGUCGGUCGGCUAUAAUAUUGUAGAUUUACGAAUAUAUUCGAAAAUGCUAACUAAUGUUUUAAUAACUGUAAAUAUAAGAUUUAUAUUAUAUGCCGUUACAUGUUAUGGUGGUUAGAAUGUUUCCACGAUAUUACUUGUAUUAAUAUCUGUUCACAUAAAAUGUAUUAAAUGGCAUUUACCUUACCAUUUUUCUCAAGGAUCGAUAUCCUACCUUCACCCUUAAUUAAUAGGCUACCGUACACGAUAGGGCAAGAGUACGGGCAUGCAUCGAUCAGUCCCAGUCGUAGUACUGCACUUGACCUUGUUGGGUGAAAGUACGUCGUUUAUAAUUCAUGCAACAAGUAGCGACACAGUAUGCAUAUAUUACACUGGUACUGCAAUAAAGGUGAAUAAAGUACACAUUAAAUCACAUUAAAUUGUAUUCAUUCUAUUAAUUUCACAUGAUGCCAAUAUUAAUUAUAAAUUGACAUAAUUGAUGUGUUUUAUUUAUGAAUGUGUAUAGAAUUAAGAAAAUUUAUAUAUUUUAAUUAAAUUUAAAAAAUCCUAAAAGAAAAUGUGAAUGUUUAAUGUUCUUAAUAUGCCUCUGAAAAUUCUUCUAAGACGCACUCAUGAUUUGGUUCCAACUUUAUAACAGAAUAGAUAAUUUAGAAACGAUUUUAUUUUCUAUUAAAUUUUGUAUAUUUUGGCAUUAUGUUUUUCAAUCAAAUCAAAUAGAUACCUACUACAAUAACUGCUAUACGCUUAUGAAACUAUAUUUAAAUGUAAUUUUUCUAUUCCAAUUUGCAACCUACUCGUAAUUUUUUCGAUGCUAAAUUUUAUUGAUGUUAACGAAAUGAUAAUUAUAUUUAUUGUUCGAUUCGACUGUACUUUGAUAUGCAACUAUUUUAAAAAUAAGGAAUUUAUUAUUAAGAUUAAGAGGAGAAGGUCCAUUGUUGAUUUGAAAAAAAUUUGAACUAGCGGUUUGUAUAAACUACCAUGCCAUACAUAAAUAGACAGACACCUUAGCGAUAACACUUCACUAAAACACUUUUUUAGAAUAGCGGCACGAUAGUUCUUUACAUAUUCCUCAACAGAGAUAGUAGAGCUUGACUCAGUUAUAUCUAAUUCUGUGUUUUUCUGUGAACUAGCCGUAAAUGCGUUGAGCUAUUUUUUUUUUUUUUUUUUAAUCUCAAUUAUGCUGACGAGUGUUUUAGGGGAAAACGGCAUAGUUCCUCGUAAGUAGUAAACAUGACAGGUAACAGAAAUGUUCCAAAGUCUUCCUAGAUUUAUUCAUGCCCAACAGUUUUUAAUGUUUGUAAUAUUUUAUGCUUUAAAUAUGUUUUAUAAUAACUUUGUCUUAGUUUUCCUUCUCAAAGAUGUCAUCCGGUAAUGUAAACAAUUUCAGUCUUUUAAUUUAAUUUGGUGAUUGAAAAACAAGCCAUAAGUGAAUUGUUACUUGUAUGUAGCCUGGUAUUUGAAAUUGCUGGCGUGUUAUAAUUACGUACCUUAAUGAGCCAACAGACUUUCAAAAACAUAUUAUUCAAUAAUUCUAUAAAAAAUUAAAUCAAGUUACAUUUGUGUUAAUGGUCAGUAUUAUUUUUAUA